UUAAAAAAAAAAAAAACGAAUCACAGCCUCACAGGUGAAAACAAUCAAAGGCACAGCCGGCGUUUUCGGGGUUAGUUUGAAAAUGCACCCCGGGUCCGGCGAGCCACUGACUAUGGCUCAAGAAACGAGUUUAUGUAUCUUAUCGUAAAAAUGGAAAAAGUUAGUUUAGACACCCCAGUCGACAAUUUCGUCUGGUGGCUUUAUUUAUGGCCUGUGGACUGAUUUUCAGAGGCGUCGGGUGGAGAUAUGUCUCUGGCCUGCAAUAACUGCAUACUAAUCAAAACAAUUGCACGGAGGAAGGUGACCAUCACCAUGGACUGACGAGACCGGACAGCAACUGCUGGAACAGAAACAGGACUGACCGCAGCUAUCCUCCAAAGGUUACCACGACAGCUGCAAAAAAAGGACGCACCUGGAAAUAGCGGCGACAUUUUUGGUUUGCAAGGAGUACAUACAAGAUCUGAGAACAGGAACUGCAGAAAGCCAUUCGCUGUCUAACAUAGGGAACAUCCAUUAAGAGAACCCAUGACUUAAUUACCAUCCCAAAAUGUCAGACUCUCCACUCUGUUAUCCAGUAAUAAGGCUGAAGAUAAAAGUUCCUCAGAGCUUCAGGUGACAGUUUGAAAAUGUCAGAGUUUUUUAUGGAGUGUGAGGAGGAGGAGCUAGAACCAUGGCAAAGGAGCAUCCCAGAAAUUAAUCUGGUGGAUGAUGAUGCCGACGAUGAUGAACCCGUUUUUGUUGGAGAGAUCCGUAACUCUGAAGUGACUCCAAACACCAGACCAAGUCCCGCUCCUGUCGUAAAAGCUGUCAACCAGCAGGCUGGGGGCGGGGCCGGGGCCGCCGCACCGACGUCCCCCCAAAGGCCCCCACAGGCCACGGCCGGCGCCCAGCCCGCCUCCUGCACCUCCUCUGGGCCCAUAGUGCCCCAGCCCGCCUCCUGCACCUCCUCUGGGCCCAUAGUGCCCCAGCCCGCCUCCUGCACCUCCUCUGGGCCCAUAGUGCCCCAGCCCGCCUCCUGCACCUCCUCUGGGCCCAUAGUGCCCCAGCCCGCCUCCUGCACCUCCUCUGGGCCCAUAGUGCCCCAGCCCGCCUCCUGCACCUCCUCUGGGCCCAUAGUGCCCCAGCCUGCCUCCUGCACCUCCUCAGGGCCCGUAGUGCCCCAGCCCGCCUCCUGCACCUCCUCUGGGCCCAUAGUGCCCCAGCCCACCUCCUGCACCUCCUUCGGGCCCGUAGUGCCCCAGCCCGCCUCCUGCACCUCCUCCGGGCCCAUAGUGCCCCAGCCCGCCUCCUGCACCUCCUCCGGGCCCAUAUUGCCCCAGCCCGCCUCCUGCACCUCCUCCGGGCCCAGAGUGCCCCAGCCCGCCUCCUGCACCUCCUCCGGGCCCAGAGUGCCCCAGCCCGCCUCCUGCACCUCCUCCGGGCCCAGAGUGCCCCAGCCCGCCUCCUGCACCUCCUCCGGGCCCAGAGUGCCCCAGCCCGCCUCCUGCACCUCCUCCGGGCCCAGAGUGCCCCAGCUCGCCGUCAGGGCGACAGCGCCGUCCAUCACCAAGUCUUUACUCAUUACUGUGGCGUCUCGGCCUGGGUCCCUUCCCACCGUCACACGGCCCGUGUCCCACGCCCUAUCCGCACAGUCUCCCCGGGCCAUAAUUAUCAACAACCAGGGCUACAUAGUGACAUCUCCCCAAAUAGCCAACAACUCUACGUUCAUUGCUUCUCUUGGAAAUCAGUAUCCACCUGGAACAUCUUUCACCGUUCUUCCAGCUGGGCAGCAGUUGCUGCCGCAGGUGACUCCUGCGAAGGCUGUACCGGGGGUGGUCCGCAGGCCCCAGGUGCAGCUGAUACAGAACAGCAUUGUCACCCUGGCCAACGUGCAGAGCCCUCCGCAGCCAAAGCAGCCGGCUGCGCAGUUCAGCCCUACCAAACUGCAGCCUCUACAAAUGAACGCAGCCACACUUCAGCCCAUACAAUUGCAGGGUAUUAUGGGAAAAGGACCGCAGACUGAAGCGCUGAGCAGCCUGGCGAGCGCGAGCGAGGAGCUGAAGAGGAUCGUGUUGGAAAGCGCGCGUCGGCACGGGGCGCCGCUCAUACCCUGGGUGGGGACUUUCGGCCGAGGAAGCUGCCAGCUCGAGAGCUUCUUCGACCAGAUCAACCGCAGACCCGAGUUCGCCGACCAUCCGCUGCGGGACCCCUACAGGACGACGGCCUACUGGAGGAACCGGCUGGCGGACGCGCUCGCGCAGUGCGCGGAGGCGCGGGCCCUGUCCGGCCUGUCUGACGGGGCGUGGGGCGAGUUCCUGCAGCCGCUCAGGACGUCCGGCGCGUGGGCGUCCGACGUCGGCGACUACGUCCUGCCUGGGUUGGCUCACCUGUUCAGAGUGCACGUGCUCGUUUACCAGACGUUCUACAACCCGCAGCAGCCCACCCCCAUCGUGGUCGUCCCCGCCACGGUCUUCGGGGCCGAGCCCUUCGGCCGCAACCCGGUCAUUCUCGGCUGGAACUCCAGCCGCUACGAGAAUUUCGUUUGCACCUCCGACGAGUCCUUGCGGAGGACGGCGGAGCUGGUGGAGGAGUGGAGGAGCGGCGCCUACGCCGUGUCCGUUCACGAUGUCCCCUCUCUGCAUAGGCAGUGGGAGCAGGCCGAGGAUGAGAGGAGGCAGAGCGCUUGCAAGGAGGAGGACCCGGAAAAAAUAGAACGUAACGCGGUGGACUCUGAUUGGCCCGUUCCGCGCCUGAGGUGCAGGGGAUGCAGUAGAGCAUUUAAACGUAUCAUCCCUCACCUUGAAAGUAAAGGCGGUUCGGCGUGCAGGCAGCAUUAUUCUGAACAGGAAAUUAGCCGCCGCAAAGCCGCCAUAAGCCAUCACAAAGCGGCCUUGGCCAGGGCAAGACACAUACGGUACAUGGAAAAAAACACAGAUGAGGUAAGAGAUGGGUACAGGUGCAGGGUGUGCAAUAGAACGUUUAGGCGUAUCAUUUCUCAUCUUCACAGCAAAGGUGGUUCGGCAUGCAGACAGCAUUAUUCUGAACAGGAGCUAAGCCAUCACAAAGCGGCCAUGGCAAAGGCGAGGAAAAGGCGGUACAUGGAGAGAAACAUAGAUAAAGUGAGAGACGGCAACAGAGUCAGUGUUUCAAAGAGGAGAAAACUCGAACCGGACAAAGUGAGAGAGCAGAACAGAGCUGCCUCUUCCAAGAGAAGAAAACUCCAACCAGACAGAGUGAGAGAGCAGAACAGAGCUGCUUCUUCCAAGAGAAAACAACUCCAACCAGAAAAAGUAAGAGAGCAAAACAGAGCUUCUUAUUAUAAGAGAAAACAACUCCAACCAGAAAAAGUGAGAGCACAAAACAGAGCUUCUUAUUACAAGAGAAAACAACUCCAACCAGAAAAAGUGAGAGCACAAAACAAAGUGUCCCGUUACAGGUACAGACUUAAUCAUCCAGACAGGAUAUCUCACCAGAGGAAAAUGUACUAUAUCACACAGAAGAGGAGGCAGAACAUUUGCAAGGAGGAGGACCCGGCAGGGAUAGAACACAACACGGUGGACUCUGAUUUGCUCAUUCCAGACCUAGGAUGCAGGGGACGCACCGAUAUCACUUUUUCACUCCCGAUUCCGAUCCCAGUCCAUGAACUUUGAGUAUCGACCGAUACGAUACUAGUGUUUUUUUUUUUUUUUUUUCUCCUUUUAUUUCUCCUGUAUACAAACACUGGUUCAUUCUUGCUUCUAAACGGGUAACACCCAAGUAUGGAAAAGUUCAACGCCCCAUUUCCUAACUUUGUAAAUGGUUAGAAAUAAAAGUGAUAAGAGCAUGACUGAA